GCGCGUGCGGCCGCGUAAAAGAAAACAACAGGAAAUCAAGAUGGCGUCGCGAUAGCUAAUCAAUCGAAUUCCUGACAAUCUGCUCUGAGUGCUUUUACUUGCUAUAUCACUUUUAGGCGACCUUGUUAUGUUCAACAAAUUAAAACAAAAGAUUGCAGAUGGUGUAGAAGGUGUAAGUCCUGGAAGACAAACUCCGCUGAGGGGAAAAAAUGAUGAGAUACUUCCAUUUAAAUAUAAAAGACUUAAAAGCCCUGUUAUUGACUAUCGCAAUGGUCACAGUCAUGAAAGAUAUAACAGCACUUUAGAUAAUUCCUAUAAUGAACCACAACCAAAGCACUGUAAAUCAAGUCCACAAGAAGUCUUAGCACGCGUGCACCAUCUACUAGAGGUUGGUCGUGCUCAAGCACAAAAUAAUGGGAAAAUUGACGAUACAAUGGAUUCACAACCUGUAACUUUGCAGAAAGUUGUCAGACCAAAAAGUAGUACUCCACGCCAUUCAGUAGAUAAUGGACGCACAACACCAGUACCUAUUGAGCCAGGUGGACCUGUUUCUGAAAGUACUCCAAAUCAAUCCUUUUCGAAUUCAACUCCUCGACGGCAACGCAGGUCUUCCACCUCUUCAAAUGUGUCAGUGCCUGGUGAAGAAAGAUCAGAUGUUGAAUCAGAUGUUGAUGCAUCAAUGCGGACGGAACACUUGACGAUUAAUGAGCUUCGAGAAAUGUAUAGAAAACAAGAUAAGACUUUAAAAAGAUAUAAAAGGAAAUUUUCAGAGGUUGUGGAUGCUUACAAAGCACUUCAUAAAGAUAAAGAGAAACUUGAAAGCACUUUAACUUCUGGACAAGAUAAGCAAAUGAGAAAGAUAUCUGAACUAAAGGAGACAAUUGAACUUGAACAAGAAGGUAAACGCCAUCUUGAGGAAACUCUGCGAUUGAACUUAGAAGAAAAAGAUGACCAGAUUGUUGUGCUGCAAACACAGGUUCAACUUCUCAAAACUAAAUAUGGACUUUCUUCACCUGCAUCAGAUGUGGAUGUUGCUUCUUCAGUAGCAGUUGUGAAUGGGACAGUUAAUGAUCACAAUGAAACAAUUCAGACUCUACAAGAACAGAUCAACUUUUUGACUAAGGAAAUGGAUAAACUAAAGGUUGACAACGAUGCAGCACAUGCCACCAUUCUUCGUUGCGAUCAAGAGAAAAAAAUUGCCAUUGAAGAAGUGAUGAGCAACAUGCAGAACUCCAUGACUGAACAAGAUGAUCUCAGGUCGGAACUUGAUCUGCUUCGUGAUGAACUGAAUAACAGAGAUGUCACCAUAUUAAGAAUGCGUGAAGAAGAAGAGAAAAUGGAGAAUCAUAUUCGACAUGAAGUAUCGAAAGAGAUGAGAGAAGAGGUGUUAUCGGAAGCGUUGACGCAACAAGAAGCAGAAUUAAGAAAGUUCUUUGAAGAAAAAGAAGCUGCUGUGAAAGACACAUUUGCAAACAAGGUUCACGACUUACAACGAAUAUUGGAAGAAAAUGAGAAACAGAAACAACAAGCUAUCGAAGAAAAACAAUUAGAAGUGACGAAAAAGUCGGACCAAAUUCUCAUUCUUCAACAACAACUCGAUCAAUGGGCCGAGAAGGAGGAAAAAUUUCACACUAAAAUCGAAAAAAUCAUCGCAGAUAAAGAAGAAAGUGAAAGAAAAGUUUCGGGCUUGAAACAACAGAUUGAAGAAGAGCAGGCUAAGUACAGUAAGUUGGUUGAACAACAUGCGAAAGAACUCAAAGAAAAACAAGAUGAAUCUAACGAAAAGAUAGCAAAAGUAAAACGAACUUUCCAAACAAAAAUCUACGAUGUUCAAGAACAGCUACGGAAGAAAACUCAAGAUUUCAACGAAGCUAGCAAUAAACACAGGGACGAGUUAGAUGGGAAGAUCAAAGAAGCACAACAAAGCAUGCAGUCCGAACACGCUAAAGCGUCGCGAAAGCUUGAACUGAAAAUAUCAGACAUGAAAAAAAUGAUCAAAGAAUUACGCAAUAAAUUAAACGAGCAAGAAAAUAAAUGCAGUGAACUAGAAACCAGUUUGCAGGAUGCGAAAACUGAAGCUGAUCAAGCUAAAGCAAUCCGCGAGAGUUCAGAGUCGUUAAAUACGAGUUUAUACGAAUCCGAGUUGAAAAUAAAAGAGCUGAACGAUAGUAUGGUUGAGAAGGAAGCUUUGCAAAAACAAGCAGACGAAAUUGCAUCGUCAGCAAAAUUAGAGCUUGCGCAAGCCAAUGAGAAAGUGGUGGAGUUAAAUGAACUUAUCGCUACUAAAGACAAUGAAAUUCAGGAUCAUGUGAAAGAAAUAGAGACGCUACAAGAAAAGCAUGAAGAUCUUAAAUCAGAAAUCCAAAAAUAUUUACAGAUUAUAGAUAAUGUAAAUAAAGCUAGUAAAGAAAAAUUGACUGAACUUGAAAAUGAAAAGAUGAGGUCCCAAAAACUGCAGUUGGAGCUAACUGAUCAACUUCGUCACGUUGAACAUUUACGAACGGAACUCGAGUCUGUCGCCGGAAAUUUAGCGUCCGAGCGUUCUCGUGUCGAAGAACUAAAAACGGCGAAAUGUAGUUUGAACGAUGAAAUGCAGAGAAUGGUAGAUGGUCUAAAAGAAGAAGAAAUUAUGCUUCAAACUGAGUUAACGAACUUGAAAGCAAAAAUAACACUGGUAGAACAAGAAUCACAAGAGCUGACUAAGCAGUUACAUGACAAAGUAAACACAGCCGACGCUUUGUCAAAAAGCUUAGAGCACGCGAAUAAAGAAAUUAAAACAAAAGAUGAAGAAUAUAAUACUGAGUUAAAUAAUAAAAAUAAUGCAUUAAGUGAACUUUACGAGGAAUUACAAGCUAUGGAAGCCGGUUAUAAACAAAAAAUAGUUAACAUGGAGGAACAGUUGUCUCAAAAAGAUGCCGAGUUGGAUGUCAAACUAAAAGAAAAUUCCGAAGAAUGGCAAGAGAAAUUUCGUGAUUUUAUGAACGAUCAAGAUGCUAGUAUGAAUUCCAAAUUCGACGAGAUACAAAAGCAAGAAAUGGUUGCCAUAGAAACGCGUCAUGCCCAACGGAUGCAAGAUUUAACGGAAGAGUGGAAAAGAAGACUGGAAAAAGCUAAAAGCGAGUUCGAAGGAGAGAUCGCAAAAGUGAAGGACGGUGCUGAUCAACAAGUGUCGACGAAAGAAGAUUUCAUCGCUAAAUUAACGAAUGAACUUAACGAAACCAAAGAACUACAGGGGGAAGAAAUGAAAAAUAUUUUGAAGGAGAACGAACAGUUGAAACGCGAUGUAGUAGACAUCAACACGAAGGUAAAAGAACUUGAAGAAAAUUACGAACGCCAAUAUGAAGAACACGAGAAAGAGAUUGAAAUUUUAAAAGAAAAUUUAAAUAAUGAAAUCGAGAUUAUCCAAAAUAAGCACCAAACCGAGAUUGUAAGUUACAAUUUAAAAAUUGAAGAACUAGAGCGAACUAAAUCAGUCGAUUUUAAUGAACUUUCUAAAAGUCAUGCCGAAGAUCGAAAUAUUUUGUUGAAACAAAUUGACGAACUAUCUGUUAAUAUCGCUCAAAUGGAAAACCUAUGCUUGCAAAAAGACAUCACUCUGAGAGAAAAAUUAGACGAACUGUCUGUACAAAAAGAUGCCGAGUUAGUUGGAAAGCUAGAAGAAAUUUGUAGACAUAAAGAUACUGAAUUGGCUAACAAACUAAAAGAACACUCUAAACUGAAAGAUGCAGAACUAGCUGAAAAGCUAGAAGAAAUGCGCAAGCAAAAUCAUACCGAGUUAGAAGAGAAACUUGAAAAAAUAAAUCAAUUAAAUAAAUCCGAGUUGACUCGUAAGCUUAAAGAGUUAAGUGACCAGCACGAGAAAGAACUUGCAGAGAAAUUAGAACUGGAAAGCAACCAACGCAGAGACUUUAUGGAGAAACUUGAGAAAGAUUUAACCGAGAAGCAUGAGGAUGAAAUGAAUACUCUUAAGGAGAAGCAUCAAAGUACGGAGAAGAAGUUGAAGAAAAUUUUAGGUGAUCGAGACAAGAAGAACAAAACUUUACUAACGGAGACAGAAGCAAAGCACAGUGAGAUUGUUGAACAAUUAAAGAAUGAAUCCGCAUCCUUGAAAGUCUCGCUUAAUAAUCAAAUUUCUGAAAAAGACGAGGAAAUCCAUUCUUUACAAUUCAAAUUGAGCGAGACCAACUCUAAACUUAGUGAAAGUAGCGAACAGUUCGAAAAGGAACUCUCUGUGUAUAAGUCACGGGAGCAAGAUGCUUGGUCGCAGUUGGAGAAAGUCAAAACCGAACACAACCAACAACAAGAAAAGUCUGAGAAAGAGGUUGCCAAUUUAGAAUUGACACUUUUAGAAAGCAAGCGACAUGUUGAAGAACUUCAAUUACAAGUCAUGUCGGGCGAAAGCACCAGCAAGCAGAUAGACGAAAAGUUAUCCGAACUAUUGAGAGAGAAAGGUGAGCUGGAACAGAAGUUAAAUAGCCAGGAGCACUCCUACGAGGAGACUAUUCGUAAUCUUCAAAACGAAAACAGCUCUACAAAACAACACUACGAAGAAGCAUUAAGAAAUUUAGAAGAUCAACACAUGGAUAAAUUAAAAAACAUAGACAAGAACAAAGAAAAUGAAUUACUCCAAAAGGUUUCUGAAAGUGACGAAUCGAACAAAUCGAAGCUUUUGGAGAUAAAGAAAAAAGCCGAAACGAAAAUAGCGAAGAUGAAAAAAGACUAUGGUGAAAAAAUCUCUGCGGCGGAGAACAAAAUCAAAGAACUGGAAGAACAAAAACAAGUUUUAGAAUCACGUCUGGAAACAGAGUUGUCGUCGUUUCAAACACAGACAGAUAAACUAAAAGAGCUCCACGAAGAAGUGCUUGCAAAGAGAACAGAGGAGAUGCAGUUUGACAGUAGCAAAGAGAAGGUGAAAUACGAUAACGAGUUAAAGAUAGUUAAAGAGGAGUUGAAAGCUAAAUGUGCUGAGCUUGCAGAAAAAGAGGAUAAGAUUGAUGAUAUGAUUGUGGAUAAAAUGGAGGCUUUAAAAAGUCAGAAAGCGGAUUUGAAAGAAGAGCACGAAAUUGAAUUGAAGAAAGUGAGAGACGAAGUGACGAAACAAAUGGAAGGUACAGAGAAGAAAUUAACAGCAAAGGUUGAAGAGAAAGAAUUCGAAUACAGCUCAAGGGUGAAACAAAUGAUUAAAGAGUUUCAAACGCAACUUUCUGGUAAAGAUCGUGAAAUCCAAGAAGCUGUGCAAGAGGCUAUUGAAAUCGCACAGAAAGACGAACGUAAAAUCAUCACUGAGUACGAUGAACAGAUCAUGGAAUUCCAAAAAGAAUUACAUUUACGGGAAGGUGAAAUGAUUCAACUGCGAGAAGAGUCGGAACGGCAAAUCGACGAGCUGCAGUGUGAAAAGGAGGCGAUUGAGGCUGAGUGCAAAACAAAAAUUGAAUCGUUGGAGCAAGAUUAUUUGCAAAGGCUAGAUGAGCUGGUGAAAAGACACGAAGAAGAAUUAGUGAGCGCUUCACAGAAAGAUGUUAGCGUGGAAGAAGCAGAGUUAAAGAUGAGCGAGCAAAUGAAUGACAUCGAGAAAAGCUACGUCAGCAAAAUUCAAAACUUGGAGGACCAACAUCGUAACGAUAUGUUAGCUCAAGACAAGAAAUAUAAGCUUCAGUUGAAGAAAACAAAGAACGAAUUGAGGAAAUUGCUAGCAGAGAAAGGUGUGAAUAUGUUGAAUGGUGACGAAGGGGAUGCCGGGAGUCGUGGUAGCAGUAACCCUGGUUCUGACGUCGAGGAAUCAUCUGAUGUCGCUCAAUUAAAGGAGAAAGUCGUUUCUUUAACAAAAGAACUGUCAUCACUUCGCGAAAGAGAAAAGGUUUUAGCCAUGCAGGUGGAGAAAUCACCGGGCACUCCUCCGAAUCGUCCAGCAACUCUGUAUUUGGACGAAAGUUUGAAUGAUUCAAAUAGUUCUUCGCCAAAAACACCACAACCAUUGGAAUUCGAGUAUUUGCGAAAUAUUUUGUUCAACUAUAUGAUGGGAAAACAAAGAAAGCAAAUGGCGAAAGUUUUGACUGCGUUGGUACACUUCACUCCGUCACAGAUAGCACAAGUGUUAGCUAAGGUAGAUGAACAAGAAGCACAAAAGGUUGGCGGUGGCGGUUAUUUUUCUUUUGGACGGUGACGAUAAUUUGACGGAAUGUUGACACGUUAAAACGUUCUGGAGAGAAAAAGUAACUCAUGGCUAUAGCGAUGGUAAUACGGCUAAAAUUCCAGUCUUUACGAAGUAUGUAUCUGCCCUGUGAAAAAGACACUCAUUAGUUCUGGUCUGUAAAUUAUACUCGUUAAAUUAAAUCUUGUACAAGUAUCAACGAAGAAGAAACAGCAUUAUAUUUAUUGAAUGAAAAAUAUUGAAUUAUGAAAUGAAUUCAAACGUACUAGGAUUUAUUAAAACUUAUUCAGUAUAUAAUUUAUUAUUAUUAUUAUACAUAUCAAUAUUAAUCUUUUACAAUAUCUGUAUUUGUGCUCUCACGCGUUUGAUUGUGGCAGUGAGAUUUUGUUUACAUCGUCUUCCCACACGCAUUCGCUGUUGUUGUUUUGAGGUGUAAUCUUUACGACGAACGUCCUGCUCUUAUGUGAUAUCAUUGUCUUCUCGUAGCUGCGUUGCAGCGAUUUUGUGUUUUAAAUUUUGUUGUAGAUAAAUAUAUUUUCUUAUCGUGUAUUUAUAUCACUAAAUAAAUAUUGUAUAAAAGUAAUGGAAAGAAUGAUAAUUCUGUAUUGGGGUUUUUGGAAAA